AUGAGACUGUGGCUCCUCACCUGCUUGGCGGCCUGCUUCCUGGGUGCCUGGACCCCUGCCGUCCACGCUCAAGACUUCUUCGAGGACUGCUGUCUGGCCUAUCAGCCCCACGCUAAAGAGAGCCUGAAAAAAUUCGUCCUUGAGUACCACAGGCAGGCCGUGAGCGGCAGCUGCAACCUGCCGGCCGUGAUAUUCUUCUUCCGUAACAAAAAGUCGAUGGUGUGUGGGGACCCAGAAACCAAGUGGGUGAAAGACUGGAUUAAGUUCCUGGACAAGCGGGACAGCAUCCGUCUGCAGUCCUGCUUGGGCAGCCCGGAAGUCACGGCAGCAUUACAGUUCCGCCCAGAACAGCACCGGGAACUAACUUCUCCCUUCAGACAAGAGUCAGUGCAGGUGAGGAUCUGGGUCCUGCCACCGUCCUCCAUCCGGCUGAGGGAUGAAGGCUCAUGA